AUGGCGUCCAAUGAUGGGAACGUGGCUGCUUUGGAGGCCAAGGUCGAUAAGAAUAACCAUGAUAACGUCGAGACGAGUGUGGCUACGUCGAGUGCAGCAGCUGUUUUUGAGCCUAAUACCAGUGAAAAUGCUCCAUCAUCGUCAAUAGACCCCGUCGCUGAGACGGCGACUGCUCAAAAGGAUACUCAAGUGGACUCCGUCGCAGAUACGGAGAACCAGGCAAAGGAAAAGAAAGAUACAGAAAUCGAGAAUAAUUCGUCUUCUUCCGCUACUACUGCUGCUCCUGCAGUUGAAUCGACCGAAGAAAUCCCCGCAGCCACCGUGAUAGCCACCGCGUCCGCACCUACCCAACCACUCGCUUCUUCGUCCAAACCAGAAGUUCCCGAGACAGUCAAAACGACUGAAGAAGGCGAAUCAUCAGAUCCGGCACAACCACCUAAAGAGACCACCGAAGCCGAAGAAACAGGACCAGAACUCGUCAUUACUCUAUUACUCACAACGGGGGCACGGCAUCCAUUCAGAAUUGAUAGGAAAUAUCUGAAACGACGGAGUGUUAAGGUCGAGAAUGACGAUCCAUUUAAUAUGAGUGUGUAUACAUUGAAGGAGUUGAUAUGGAGGGAAUGGCGGUCUGAAUGGGAACCACAACCGUCGUCACCUAGUUCAAUUCGACUUAUAUCCUUUGGGAAAUUGUUGGAUGAUAAAGCUCCUCUUUCAGAAUCAAGUCUGACCCACGACGCCCCCAAUGUAAUCCACAUGACCGUCAAACCGCAAGAAGUCGUCGACGAAGAAGACGCCAAAGGUGGAAAAUCAUAUUCUGCGCGCGAUCGAGAAGCGACGGACCGCAGUCCUGGUUGUCGAUGCAUUAUUCUGUGA